UCACCAAGUCAAUGUAAUCCAAUACUACCGGAUUACGCAAAUUGCGCUGGAUGGUUGUGUUUACAUGUGUCUGUUAUUGCGCUUGUGUGCCGAGUUGAUUGUACUCGCCGUGAACUCACACAGUGUAUGCCGACACUCAUCUUCCGUGCAGUGAAACAACAUCGCACGUUUGGAAACUACUAGAAAUGGCAGCUUUGGUUGGGGGCGUGACAGAAAAGACUCUGUUCCUUGGACCAGCGAUCCCGAAAAACAUAAAAGCUCUCCCCAAGCUGUUGACAACGAUUGACAAGCAAGCAUUUCGAAAUCUUGUCAAACUUGCAGUUGCCGAUUUUGAAGGGAAGGAGGUUCAACCUGAUGCUUACCAAAACAUUCGUUCUGGUGCUAUUGACGCGUGUGGUGUAGAUGCAAUAUACAGUGGUUUAUACACCCUGCUUCAUACUGCUCUGAGAAUACCUGCCUCUGUGCUUAAACAAGAGGCAUUCAAAGAAGAUCUUCAAGCGCUUCACAUACCAGAAGAAUUUAUAGAGGACUUGGUUAGUGUAGUUUAUGGAACAAGGAGAUCCCAUAUUGACCAGAACAACAUUGAAAGUGCACCUGGCCUUCCAACACUAGAGAACCUGAAAUGGCGCUUGGAUGUCACCAUAUCAAACAAUGUGCUAAACAGAGUACUAGAGCCAACUAUCCUCAUGGAAAUGGACACAUCGGAUGGCAAGAAGCACACAUUCGAGGUACAGAGAGCCGAGUUCCACAAGCUACGACACUCAGUGGCAGCAGCUCUGAAAGAAAUGGAAGACAUCGAACGAAAGCUGGAGAAAAUUCCUGGACAUGUUCUAUGAGCAUUAAUGUGCUGCGCCGCUGUCAUACUACUGAACUCGUGGCUUUCUCUAAGUAACAUAAGCAUUGCAACAAACUUCUAAGUCAUCCGCGUUGCUUUGGCCAGCGAAAACAUUGUCGUGAAGGAAUUGUACAUUUCUUUUUUGUAUGUAUCUUACUAUGCUGCAUAUUUUGUGCUGGGCAAAAAUUGCUGAACGUAAUAGUGGACUGUGAUGCCGAAGUGAUGUUUGUAGUACGUGCGGUCGUAGUACUUCCUAGAAACCUCAUGAACUAACAUGUAUUUGUAAUAGAAUGAAAACUCAUUAUGUACAACUUGUCUUGUAGGAAACGCAAUAAACCAAAGUUUCGAGACGGUA